CACUUCUCAUUUAGUCAGAAUUUGUAAGGUCUUAACACGUGUCCAAACAUGGCAAGUCCGCCUCUUGAUUCUGUGGCUUUGAUCUAUUUAUAGGAUGAGUUGAAAGGCCAUUUCAUCAAGACCUUGUGCCAAACACACGCCUAACCUUCUCAAUUCUCUCUCUCUCUUCUCAAAGUCUUCUCUGCAUGAAUAGGGGACGUGAAGAUGAUGAUGAUGAAAAUUUCAACAGCAGUUCAUUUUCUGUUGAUGAUCAUAUUUUGUGGUGUCUCCGCCGCGACACCACCAGCAGCAGCUCCUCCGCCGGUGACGGAGGCAGCACUUGAGAAAGUGGCUGCUUCUCUGAAGAUGUAUGUGGAUGAACUACCAGAGAUGCCUAAGCUCUAUGGCUACACAAAAGGCUAUGGUGAUUCAACCAAACCUGGCAAACUCACCAUUGGCAUGUAUGAAACCAAAUGGAAAUUCCACCGCGAUUUUCCAGCAACCACCGUGUUCGCCUAUGGAACAUCCGCCGAAACGGCCACUGUGCCGGGACCAACCAUCGAGACACUCCACGGCGUAGCCACCAACGUCACAUGGGAAAACCACCUCCCUCAGUCCCACAUCCUCCCUUUCGACACCACCAUCGCCACCGCCAUCCCAUCCCACGGCGGCGUCCCCACCGUCGUCCAUCUCCACGGCGGCAUCCACCCACCCCAAAGCGACGGCAACCCCCUCGCAUGGUUCACCGCCGGUUUUCGCGACACGGGCUCAGCAUGGACCGAAUCAACAUACUUAUACCCUAAUGUCCAACAUGCAGGGAAUCUAUGGUACCAUGAUCACGCUCUCGGCCUGACACGUGUCAAUCUCCUAGCGGGCCUGAUUGGUUCUUAUGUGAUCAGAGACCCCACGGAAGAUUCAAUGUUGGAUCUUCCGAGGGGAGAAUUCGAUCGCCACUUGAUGGUGUUUGAUCGAAGUUUUUACAAAGAUGGAUCAUUGUACAUGAAUUACACAGGAGAUAAUCCAACAAUUCAUCCACAAUGGCAACCCGAGUAUUUCGGAGAUGCCAUUAUUGUUAACGGAAAGGCGUGGCCGUACCUUCGGGUACAGCGAAGAAAGUACCGGUUUCGAAUCAUUAAUUCUUCAAAUGCAAGGUACUUUCGGUUUUCGCUGACGAAUGGUUUGUCAUUCGUUCAAGUGGGAUCGGAUGCUUCGUUCUUGUCGUCUCCGGUGACUACGCGGAUUAUUUUUCUGGCUCCCUCGGAGAUUGCUGAUGUUGUUAUUGAUUUUUCGCAGACGAGUAAGAGUGAAUCUGUGCUGAGAAAUAGUGCUCCGUAUCCGUACCCGAGCGGUAGUGCUGUUGAUAAGCUGAACAGUAAGGUUAUGAAGUUCAUCAUCCUCCCCGGACCUCCAAAAUCACCAGACACUUCAAAGGUCCCACAAAGUCUUAAGAAUUAUCCGGCCGCCACGACCACCGGUGCAACCACCAAAAGAUACAUCGUACUCCACGAAUACGAGAGUUCAACUGGGAACCCAACACAUCUCUACAUUAACGGAAAGAGUUUCUUUGACAAAGUAACCGAGACGCCGAAACCGGGAACUACAGAGGUGUGGGAAGUGAUCAAUCUGACUCAAGACAACCACCCUUUGCACAUCCACUUGGCAGAGUUUCAGGCGAUUAAGAUUCAACAGAUCGUCGACUUGGCCAGGUUUACGUCGUGCAUGAACAUCAAGAACAAUGCCAUUGCUUGCAACGUGACUAGCCAUGUCACCGGAAAGUUGCACCGUGUGCCAGAUUACGAGAAGACGUGGAAGAAUGUGGUGAAGAUUGAACCGGGAUACCAAACUACGGUGGUGGUUAAGUUUAACCUCAUUGACAAUGAUGCACCUUAUCCUUUUGAUGCUACUGCACAACCUGGUUAUGUCUACCAUUGCCAUAUUUUAGAUCAUGAAGAUAACGAGAUGAUUCGUCCAUUGAAGCUUGUUGCUUGACUGAAUCAUCAGAUCCAUGAAGCUAAUAAUUGAAGUCCCUUUUUCUAUCCCUCUACAAUUAUGUGAUAUUUCACUUUUAUUUUAUUUUAUUUUGUGGACUAAGUGGAAUAAACAAUGAAAUUGUAACCAAGCAAAGCUGUACUGAGUGGAGACCUUUUGAGUGAUUUUGAUAUAUCCUACAAAAGUGUGGAAAGUGAGGUAA